CGGCUUCUGUCACUUAUUUUUUUAACAAAUCCCUCGUUCUCUUCAGUCAUUCCUUCUCUAUUUCAAACCUAAAAGAACACUGAGUUGAAUUAAUUGAAAAACGCGGUCGCUCUGUGAACUGUAGCGAAAUGAUUGAAGAACGGCAAGGCGGAGCUCCCCACGCCAUUCUACUGGCGGUGGUCGUCGCUAUCGUCAUCGUCGUCCCUUUCCUCCUCGGCGACCAAGGCGAGGCCCUCACCGAAGCCAUUUCCGACCUCUUAAGCCCCUUAGGUCUCCUCCUCCUCCCCAUCCUCCUCCUUCUCACUAUCCAGUUCCUCUCCUCCGAUCGCGGCUCCUUCGUCUCCGCCAUCUUCUCCUCCGGCGAGCCUGACUCCAUCCACCGCGUCACUGGAUCCCCCGUCGGCGUUGCUCUCUUCCUCGUUCUCAUUCUCUUUCUCCUCUAUAAUCGGAUUUCUAUCUUUGGCGGCGACGAUGAUUCCGGCGACUAAAUUUGUUUGUUAGUUACUUACUUACUUAGAUCUGUCUUCUCUGCGAUUUAUUCUUCUUCCAUGCCCCCAGUUUCUUUUUUUUUUCUUUUUUUUUUUUUUGGUAUUGUGUAAAGCUUGCUUGAUGAACGAGGAGUGGGUUGUAAUUUACAUGUAUGCCCCUUCUAGACGGAGCAUUUUGAUUGGUGGAAUGAAAUAUUGAAAUUUCGAAUUUGCCCUUACUUUGCUGGCUUCUUGCUUUCCUAUUGGUCUCUGACUUUCUAUGUCGUUGUCAUUGAGGUCAUUUUCGUCAUUUUGUAUACCUUGAGAAAGUAAUUCAUCGGUUCAGAUUUCUGUUUGACUGUCGGCGAUCAGCGGUGGCGUUUUACUUUUUCUUCUUCUUCAUCCUCGUGUCCCUGUAAACAUCAUUUCCUCUUUGUUUAUGGAGUUUUGGAAUCAGAUUUCUGCAUGCAAUUUUAAAAGAAAAAUUAUGGGAAUUGGGAAUCUAAUAGUGUGAUGAGAUCUGGGUCUUUUAUUAUUAUUAUUAUUAUUAUUUAUUUAACUUAUUAUUGGUUGGAUUUAAAAAAAAAAAAUUGAUUGAAGGCGAUCGGAGGUCGAAAAGCUCCGGGUAGCUGGGCGGUGAUGGGUGCCGGCACUGUCAGGGAAGCAUGUGACGAUGGAAUCUCUUGUGUAUGUGUUGAAGAGAGAUUGUGUAGGGUCUGGGGAGGCUGAUAUUUCUCUGUUCUGUCCAAUUUCACCCAUUAAUUGUUUUACUGUUUUGUAUCUUUACGAGACAGAAUCUGCUACCAGUGAUCCCAUUGAAGCCUCUA